AUGGCUCAAACAAAUAGUACUUCAAGCGUUGUGAAUUCUACCGAUCGUACCGAUCAUUCUACGAAACCAUCUGAUACACUUCGUCCUCAUUAUUAUACAACAUUUCAAAAUUCUUGUUGUGAUCCGAAAUCAAAUUCAUCAACAGAAACACAAGCUAAAGAUAUUUUACCUAUUCCACAAAAAUGUAAAGACGAAGUUAAGUCACUAUUGGAAUUUCUCCAUCAGGGUCUUAUUGUAACUCUUACUGACAUUGCAACAUAUACAAGUGUUAUACCAUAUACAUUUCUUGAAAAAAAUGAUAUUUUUGAUACUCAACGAUAUUUAAUUGAUCGAGGAAUGUUCAGAACGAUGAAUGAUGCUCAUAUAAUCAAUUGGAUUCCUUCAUUCAGAAUGCUAUGUCCAAUUCGAACAUCAGGUAAUGGUAAUUGUCUUUUACAUGCUGUGCUUAUUGCUAUGGUUGGUAUACAUGAUUUUGAUCUCUAUUUGCGUGAUCGACUUGUACAAUUUAUGGAUGAAAAUAAAGAUAUAUUAAAAAAUCAUUGGAAAAAAGAACGACUUAAAUCAGAUAAAAACUAUGGUAUUAUACGUUCAGAAGAUUCGAAACUUGAUAAGGAAUGGGAUGAAUUAUGUAAUCUUGUUCGUUAUGAAAAUUCUGCAGAUGGACAAACAGCAAGUCAUUUAGAAUUUCUUGAAGCUGUACAUAUAUUUUCUAUUUCAAAUAUGCUUCGUCGACCAAUUAUUAUUUUAUCUGAAGAUGUCAUUCGAAAUAAACAAGGUGAAGCUAUUUCAGUUAAUGAUCUCUUUGGAAUUUAUUUACCUAUUCUUUCAAUACCACAAGAAUGUAUUACUGAACCUAUUGUAUUAGCUUACGAUCGAUCUCAUUUUUGUGCAUUACAAACUAGUAAUCUUGAUGUUGAAAAAACAUUGGAUAAUCGUCUUCCACUUUAUCUAUCAAUUGAUCAAGCAUCUAAAAAUAUUUCAUUACCUAUUCGAUUUUUAGGUGAUGAUGAAAAUAUUGAACAAUCGAAUAAUUUACUUCAUGAUUAUUUACAAAUUCAAAAAAUAGAAUAUACCUUUGAUCAAAAUACUCCACCAUUAUCUAUUUUAAGUGCGGCAUUGGGUAGUAAACAUUUACAAAUGAAAGAUGAUUUCUUUUGUAUAUAUCGGAAAUAUUUAAACUAUUUCUUUGAAGUACAAAAGCCAAAAGCAAUGGAAGAAGAACGAGAACGUGAAAGACAACGUCAACUAGAUGAUUAUAUUAAUCGUUAUGUUCAUUAUGAUACUAAAGGUCAGUCAAUAAUUAAACAAGAUUCACUUCCGUCUUCAUCAUAUACACCGAUGUCGGCACGCUCAAAUACAACUUAUAAUGAUAUUCACUUGCGCAAUCAAAAUAAUGAUUAUUAUGAUCAACGAUACUCAUACGAUGGUACUUAUACUAAUGAACCAUAUAUACCAUCAAAUGGUACUAUUCAUAUUAAGAAUCUUUCAAAUCAACCUCAACCAUCAGAAAGAACAUCGAACUAUCCAAAAGUAGCACAAACAGAUCGAGAUGUUGAUUAUAAUAGUACGGGACGAUUCACACACUCAUAUCCAAAAAAUAAUUUGAAUAAUAUUAGCAAUCUGAACAAUAAUGAUAAACAGCUCAACACUGUUAAUGUUAAGCAAGAAGAGGACGAAUACAAGAUUAAUUCAGAAGGACAACAACAAAGAGUCAUUGAAAUUCCUGUUCAACAUACAACACCUCGUGCAUCAUCGAAUGAUUCGACUUUAUUCAUUUCUGAAGACAGACGAGAUCCAGUUGUCGAAUGUGUUCUUUGUAAUCGUUCUUUUCGCUACUUCAAUUCUACAUAUAUUUGUCCCAGCUGCGAGUCUACAUUGCAUCGUCCUACUUCGUAUAAUGACGUUCUUGAUCCACCUUAUAUUCGGCCAAGAUCAACAAAUACACAUUCAACAGGACAUGAUACUCGUUAUGUUUCUAGUUUAUCACCAGUACCGAAAGCAAGAGUUCGCCACAUAAUUGACUGUCCACGUUGUAAAAAUCCAAAUUUGAAUUAUAGAUCGAGUGAUUCAACGUUUUUCUGUUCUGCAUAAUUUUAUCUUAGUGAUGAUAAACAACGCGAAGCAAAAUCUAAAGAAUUAGAAAAUGAAUGUAAUAAACAAGUUUUAACAAAACGUAUUAAACAAUUAUAA